UGCCCGUCCUGCCUGCCUAGUGCUUGUCGCACAACACCACCGUGCUGUCCCUGUCCUGCCUAAACCUCGACCUCGGCGUGUCCCUCUCUCCCAGAUCCUGCCAGCAACAACUCCAAUUCCAGCUCGGGCUGCCACGCAAAAGCCAAGCCAAUGUCCGGCACUGCGACGCCAAACGAACCGCCAUAGAUUCCUCCGCCCCCCAGACGCCCUUCCCAUACAAGACACCUACAAGCUUCUCUUGGCAGCCUUCCGCGACGACACUAUCGGAGCCUGCAUGUGCCUCUUGUUUCACCCCGCCACUCCAUCCGUUCUGACCAAAUCGACUGCCGGCACGAGGCCGGCCACACUGCUGUUCCUGUUCAGCCUGGUUGCCAUUACCGCCACCAUCUGAACGUGCUUCGUUCUCCACGCAGGCAUGGCAGACGAGGUCGAGCGCCUGAUCACGGCGCCUUUCAAGGAAAUCGUGGAAAAGGGCAACCUUGCGGUCGAAAAUAGCAAGGACGCCCCAGAGGAUGUCGCCAAGGCCAUGCUGAAGGCCGCCCAAGGCCUGAUCAAGGAAGGCGAUCGCGCCCUCAAGAAGAUGGAUCCGCUAUGUGAAAGACACCUCGCCGAUUACGGAGCCAAUUUCGUGAUAGCGAUCAAAGAGAAUGACGAUAUAUCGCAGCACAGAUACGAGCUGGAGAAUCUCCUGUGGGACUUCGACGACUAUAUCGAGGUGGACGGCUUCGAAGCAUCCAAGUUUGAGGAACUGCAGGGCGCCUCUCGCAACACAGCGCCAAGAAUACUUCAUAUCUUGAAGAGAAUGCGACUUACAGCACCCGAGCCACCUUCACGACCGAUUUCAGAGAUAGCCAGCAGGUCAGCCGGCACUGGAAGCAUAGCAGCGAGCGACGGGCCUGCCACAGGCAUGAUCAUUGGCUCUCCUUCACCACUUGCAGUCGAAUCCCCAGUCGUAACAGAAGCCAAACCGGAAGCGCCCUUUUUCAGUGCAGUCGCCGGUCCCGAUCAAGGCCUGGAUGGCACUUCAGGCACAAUUCCUCGUGGAAUUCCUGGAACGGCCACAACGUCCGCCCAGUUCUCUGCGCCUCCCACCCAUCCUCCAUCCGAGCCUCCUCCACGUCCGCCAUCGGCAAACCCGUGGGAUGUAGGCCGAGCACCCCGGACGAAGCCUGACUCACAAACUCCCGGUCACAUCCCACUACCGAGGCGUGCGCCAAUGUCCGAGUCGCCAAUUCUCCAUGCGAUGAGCUCUCGUGGAGACCUACUUGACUCCUUUAACACAACCAGAUUGGAUGAUACCACAGCCGUCAGCGCUGCAGAGGAGGUCGAUGAUUGGCAGCUUAGGGCUGCGUCUCAAAGCAUUGUAGCUCCUUCAGAAGCCUCGAGAAGUCCGGAUAUCAGCCAUCGCUGGACGAAUUCGACGCAGGACUCGUAUGAGGCAGGCAGUCCAGCCAGACAACACUCCGUUGCAUACAACGAAUUACCAAAGACUUCUAGGACAAUGUCGACUGGAACCGAUCACUCUGGGUGGCAGUCGCAUUCCUAUAGCUCUCACUGGAGUUAUGCGCCGUCUGAAGUGCCCCCUCCCAUGGGCUCACCUCCCCCCGUGCCAAACAGAUCAGCCACUCGCUCUAGCAAAAAGAGUCUUGCUUCCCCAAUCCGACAGACCUCACUCAGCGGAGAACGCCCUCCACAUCGGAAUCGGCAGCACUCCACGGACUCGGUUAAUAGCUCCGUCCUGGAUGUUCUAGAAUAUUCCAGCAGCCCCAAUGCAAGCGUGCAAGGUGGUCCGCGAUCAUCAAGCUUCUCAGCUCUGUCAACACACGGGUUUGCGGCAAAUACUGUCCCUCGCGGUGGUGUGUCUACGCAUCCCAUCCUGUACGAGGACACAGAUGUGGGCUCUUCUAGAGGAAGUGACACAAGGUCCACAGCUCAUGCGUCAAUGGCAUCAGCUGGAUCACAAGCAGCUGGCUUGGAAGUGGCACGAUAUGCGGCCAGUGUUGAGGAAAAGAUACCGGUGGAGAAUGACGAAUACACUUCAGGAUUAAAUCGGAUGAUGCCUCCCCGGCAAUUCGACACCAGCAUUGGCCCUCACAGUUCGUUCUACAAGCUGAAAGGCUUCUGCAAAGGGGCGGAGGAGAUGCUAAAGGGCAACUCCACCUUCAAGAAGAUGAAGCGACCCGUAGGCGGCUUUGCCAUGAGCAUCGUAGGGAAAUGCGCCAGCUGCCUCUUUGAGCUCGAUUGGAAAACCGUUGAGGGCGACCUGAAAGGCGAUUCCACCGGAAAUUAUGUCGCCAGCGGCGUUGGCUACCGCAUCAGAGCUCUCCAGAAAUGUCACUUGUCGAGUAAAGCAAUGGACGAAUCGCUAUUCGCCUGUCCCUUUUGUAUACACAUGGGGAAGACGAUGGAGGAGAGCGACGCGACUGUCUUCAUGUCCCAGAAGGACUUCUUCACUCACCUGUCCAGGCACCCCCGCCCACUUCCUGCUGUUCCCGGACUUACUGUCAUUGAGACUGAGGAGAUCCCGGACAACCUCAAAGACAACUUCGACCUUCACUUCCCAAGGCCAACGGUAACAUCAGUCAUGACAGGCAUCGUUCCUGAAAUUGCCCGACUUCCCACUGCUGUCGCGACCGAGACAAAGAAGGCCGUUUUUGGAAUGUCCAGGAACCCUCCGGAUCGGGCGCCGGUCCUCCAGUUCGCAGUUGGUGCCCGCAUUGUCGGGGUUGAGUUUCCGGACAAGUACAACGGGCGCUGGGGAAUUGGUUGGCAUGACGGCACCCGCGGCGCUUUUGAGGCUGAUGCGGUACAUAUCGACGCCCCUGCCAAAGAUGAAGUCCGCAUGCGUGGUGACAGCAGUUUGCAAGCCGUCGCUAAGUGGAAGUGGAGUCAGAAGGGCGACGACAGGUGGCUCAAGUUUGACAAGGGAGAGGUUAUCAAGAACAUCAGCUGGGUGUAUGAUGACCACUGGUGUUGGUCUGGCCAGAAUGCAAAAGGCUCGGCCGGAAUCUUCCCGGCUUCCCACAUCGACCGUAUGGCCCUGAAGUCCAUCCAACCAGGCGACAGCUCCAGCUCAGUUAGCGAGAAGAAGAGCUCUCUCAUUUUCGGGCUCCGAAGACCAUCUGAUCUGUCAUUUCAAUCGUUUCUCUCAAAGAACGAUAGCGCCGUGUCGAAGCCGGGCCUGUUGAAGUUUUCUCAUACGAGCCAUAACUGAUUGGCGUUCAGGACGAGGGAUGUAGUUCAUGAGGCGUCAAGGGCGGGUAUGACAAGAUCAUUAGGGUGUUUUGCAUCUAUUGCAUUCAUUGGAUGAGUUCUAUGAGGUCCUAUGGGGUUUGUCUACGAAGCGGGCAUGGGUUGAGCUACUAGGUUCAUUGCAGCUUAUGGCCAUUUUGAUUUUGUUGUUUCUGCUAUAUACCCUUUCACUUUUCCUGUAUAUAACCUUCUCCGCACUAGCUUGGAUAGAUGUCGUCGAAAUCACCCCCCCAAAAAUAGCAAAGCCAUUUACUGUUUGGUCAUGGACGGACAUUUUUGUCCGGUUGGACCCACCGAGCUGGCGGUGAUAUGUCUCCUCUCCUUGUAACCGC